AUGAUGAUUCUCAUGGUGCCCUCGCUCAUCAAGGAGCAGGUGCUCAAGAAUGUCCGCAUAGACCCCAGCAGCCUGUCCUUUGGGAUGUGGAAGGAGAUCCCUGUCCCCUUCUACUUGUCCGUCUACUUCUUCGAGGUGGUCAACCCCAGCGAGGUCCUAAAUGGCCAGAAGCCAGUAGUCCGGGAGCGCGGACCCUAUGUCUACAGGGAGUUCAGACAAAAGGUUAACAUCACCUUCAAUGACAAUGACACGGUGUCCUACAUGGAGAACCGAAGCCUUCGUUUCCAGCCAGACAGGUCCCAGGGCUCAGAGAGUGACUACAUUGUACUGCCUAACAUCCUGGUCCUGGGAGGGGCAGUGAUGAUGGAGGACAAGCCCACAAGCCUGAAGCUGCUAAUGACCUUGGGGUUGGUCACCAUGGGCCAGCGGGCCUUUAUGAACCGCACGGUUGGUGAGAUCCUGUGGGGCUACGAAGAUCCCUUCGUGAAUUUCCUCAGCAAAUAUUUCCCAGACAUGUUCCCCAUCAAAGGCAAAUUUGGCCUGUUCGUUGGGAUGAACGACUCGAGUUCUGGCGUCUUCACCGUCUUCACAGGUGUCCAGAAUUUCAGCAAGAUCCAUCUGGUGGAUAAGUGGAACGGUCUCAGCGAGAUCAAUUAUUGGCAUUCGGAACAGUGCAACAUGAUCAAUGGUACUGCCGGGCAGAUGUGGGCACCAUUCAUGACACCCGAAUCCUCACUGGAAUUCUUCAGCCCAGAAGCCUGCAGAUCUAUGAAGCUCACCUACCAGGAAUCAAGGGUGUUCGAAGGCAUCCCCACUUAUCGCUUCACGGCCCCCGAUACUUUGUUUGCCAACGGGUCCGUCUACCCACCCAAUGAAGGCUUCUGCCCGUGCCGCGAGUCCGGCAUUCAGAAUGUCAGCACCUGCAGGUUUGGUGCGCCCCUGUUUCUCUCCCAGCCCCACUUCUACAACGCUGACCCCGUGCUGUCAGAAGCUGUUCUUGGUCUGAACCCUGACCCAAAGGAGCAUUCCUUGUUCCUAGACAUCCACCCGGUCACUGGGAUCCCCAUGAACUGUUCCGUGAAGAUGCAGCUGAGUCUCUACAUCAAAUCCGUCAAGGGCGUCGGGCAAACAGGGAAGAUCGAGCCAGUAGUCCUGCCAUUGCUGUGGUUCGAACAGAGCGGGAUGAUGGGUGGCAAGACCCUGAACACGUUCUACACGCAGCUGGUGCUGAUGCCCCAGGUUCUUCACUACGCGCAGUAUGUGCUGCUGGGGCUUGGAGGCCUCCUGCUUCUGGUGCCCAUCAUUUACCAACUGCGCAGCCAGGAGAAAUGCUUUUUAUUUUGGAGUGGUAGUAAAAAGGGCUCGCAGGAUAAGGAGGCCAUGCAGGCCUACUCUGAGUCUCUGAUGUCACCAGCUGCCAAGGGCACGGUACUGCAAGAAGCCAAGCUGUAGGGCCCAGAAGACACCACGAGCCCCCCAAACCUGAUAGCUUGGUCAGACCAGCCGCCCAGUCCCUACACCCCACUUCUCGAGGACUCUCUCAGCGGACAGCCCGCCAGUGCCACAUCCUGAGCCCCCAGAUGUCACACUGUCCACACGGCACAUAGUGUGCGGAAACACUCAGGGACCAGGGACAGACCCGCUACUGAGUAGAGCCUGUUGGGCCACAGGCGACCUCUUCUAAGUGACCUGUGAGCCAGGCUGUGGGAACUGUAGCUGCCCCUCCUGUAGGAGCUGGCGCCGCCGCCGGGGCUCCUGACUUCCUCCGUCUUUCUCCAGCAGGCUGAAAGCCUUAGUUCCCACAGAGGACACAGAUCUGUCACUCCUAGGGGCUGGGCAAACAUCGGCCUCUUGCGUCACGGCUGGACAAGCAGUUCCAGAUCCUGACAGUCUGCACACACACUCUGGAGCUAUACCUAGCCCUUCUCCUACAGUCUCUGCUGUCACCUGAACACUGAAUUGGCCACUGUAAGUGGCAGCGGUGGCAGGCCCCUCAGGGUCCUUAUUUUUCAGGCGUGGGGUCAAGGAUAGAGGUGUGGGCCGUCUACCCCUGGCACCUAGUGUAUCUCACCAGAGGGUAGGGUAUACAGAGGCCCAGCGUCCCACAACCGACCCCUUUUUUUCUACUGGAAGAGAAAUUUUAUCGUCUUUUGAAAGAAAGUCAUGACUGAAGCAAUAAACCUUUUCACAAAU